GAAAAAUCGGUGGAUGGGGCUCAAAUCAAAGUACACCACUCGAACACGUAGAAAGUUCAAUUAAAAUGCCACGCAAAUUGUCAUCACCGCCAGUUGGAGUUGCCCGGCUUUCUGGAAUUUCCUCAUUGGGCGGAUUGGGCGCCCAUUUUUUACCCCCACCGAUGACAUCAAUUUCUGGUUAAACUAUAAAAUAAUUCGCGCAAAGCCGAAGAGUUUCUCCGCCAGAUGAUAUCAUUUGGGUCCAGGAAAGCACGUGAUUUGUUUGCCAAACUGUGCGUGAGAAUGCUCUUUUAAUGCCCUUAUCUGCAUUAAAAGUUUAUGAACUUCAUGGAGCACGCAGAUUUUUAAUAUUUUUAAUAAAAGAGCCAGGGCUUUGUUGUUUUUUUUUUUUUUUUCAAAAAUGUUUCGGAUAUUGAUGUUUUGAAUAACAAUUUUCAAUCGUAGAACUCCUUCAAAGCCUAUCACCCUCAACUGAUUAUCAACCCUAUCAAAAAAGUAAACCUACAAGCAUAAUAAUAAUAUUCUUGUUGGUAAUAUAAAGCAUAAUGGAGGAAUUGUCUACUGAAGAGCAGGACCUGAUCAAGAAUAUCUAUAGAGUACUGGACAAGGAUAACGAAGGUGCCAUCACAUCGAAGGAAUUGGCACAGGUAAUCCGAGCAUUAGGUCGACAGCCCAACGAAGCGGAGGUUCAGUCCUUGAUAAACGAGGUGGACUCUGAUGGAAACGGAUCCAUUGCGAAGGAGGAGUUUUGCAAUGUGAUUCUGCGCAAGAUGCACGAUACAAAUAAGGAGGAGGAGCUGCGCGAUGCAUUUCGCGUUUUUGAUAAGGAGAACAAUGGGUAUAUCUCUACUACCGAGUUGAGGGCUGUCUUCAUGGCACUUGGUGAGAAAUUGGAAGACGACGAGCUGGAAGAGAUGAUACGAGAGUACGAUUUGGAUCAGGAUAAUCACAUCAAUUUCGAGGAGUUCACCAACAUGAUGACCACCCGUUAAAAAACCACCCUUCAACAACGCACACGUUUUCCAAAUUACAAUCAUACUGCAGUUGAAGAAAUAGUUUAUGGCUUAUUGUUAAAUUAUUUUAUUUCAAAGACAUUUGAAUUUUUCGAACUCGAAUAAUAAAUGCGCCCAAGACUUCGCA